GACCACCUUUGUGGCCCUCUAUGACUACGAGUCCCGGACAGAGACCGAUCUGUCCUUCAAGAAAGGCGAGCGGCUCCAGAUUGUCAAUAACACGAGGAAGGUGGACGUCAGAGAGGGAGACUGGUGGCUGGCACACUCGCUGAGCACAGGGCAGACGGGCUACAUCCCCAGCAACUAUGUGGCGCCCUCGGACUCCAUCCAGGCUGAGGAGUGGUACUUUGGCAAGAUCACCCGGCGGGAGUCGGAGCGGUUGCUGCUCAACACGGAAAACCCAAGAGGGACCUUCCUGGUGCGAGAAAGCGAGACCACAAAAGGUGCCUACUGCCUCUCCGUGUCUGACUUCGACAAUGCUAAGGGCCUCAACGUGAAGCACUACAAGAUCCGCAAGCUGGACAACGGCGGCUUCUACAUCACUUCACGCACCCAGUUCAACAGCCUGCAGCAGCUCGUCGCCUAUUACUCCAAACACGCUGAUGGCCUGUGCCACCGCCUCACCACCGUGUGCCCCACGUCCAAGCCGCAGACCCAGGGCCUGGCCAAGGACGCCUGGGAGAUCCCCCGGGAGUCCCUGCGGCUGGAGGUCAAGCUGGGCCAGGGCUGCUUCGGGGAGGUGUGGAUGGGAACCUGGAAUGGCACCACCAGGGUGGCCAUCAAGACCCUGAAGCCGGGCACCAUGUCUCCGGAGGCCUUCCUGCAGGAGGCCCAGGUCAUGAAGAAACUGAGGCACGAGAAGCUGGUGCAGCUGUAUGCCGUGGUAUCUGAGGAGCCCAUCUACAUUGUCACGGAGUAUAUGAGCAAGGGGAGUUUGCUGGACUUCCUCAAGGGGGAGACGGGCAAGUACCUGCGGCUGCCUCAGCUGGUGGACAUGGCUGCUCAGAUCGCCUCGGGCAUGGCGUACGUGGAGCGGAUGAACUAUGUCCACCGGGACCUGCGUGCUGCCAACAUCCUGGUUGGGGAGAACCUGGUGUGCAAAGUGGCUGACUUCGGGCUGGCCCGGCUCAUCGAGGACAAUGAGUACACAGCCCGGCAAGGAGCCAAGUUCCCCAUCAAGUGGACAGCCCCGGAAGCCGCCCUCUAUGGCCGCUUUACCAUCAAGUCGGACGUGUGGUCCUUUGGAAUCCUGCUGACCGAGCUCACAACAAAGGGCCGGGUACCCUACCCUGGGAUGGUGAACCGCGAGGUGCUGGACCAGGUGGAGCGGGGCUACCGCAUGCCCUGCCCGCCCGAGUGCCCUGAGUCCCUGCACGACCUCAUGUGCCAGUGCUGGCGGAAGGAGCCAGAGGAGCGGCCCACCUUCGAGUACCUGCAGGCCUUCCUGGAGGACUACUUCACAUCCACCGAGCCCCAGUACCAGCCCGGGGAGAACCUAUAGGGCAGGCUGCCCUGCCGGGCCGGGCCCUGGGUGGGCCUGUGGGGUCUGCACCUUCCACCUGCCGCUGUCGACCCUCCCUCCUGGGAUGAAUUGCCAGGGAUGAGGCCCUCCUGUCCUUGGGUGGAUGGCAGGGCUUCGGGUCUAUGGAGUCCACAGCCGGCACAGUGACUGUCGGAGCACUGCAGUGGCCACACACCUCUUUGUCCCUCGGGGCUCUGCUCGUCACCCGAGGAGGAUCUGAGAAAGGGGUCAGAUGCCGUGUCUCACCUCCACCUGCUGCCUGUGCCCGGCCCCUCCCUUGGACGCCCCUAGGUCCGUCUCACGAGCUGGCCAAAGAGCCUUUCCAAAGAGGAGCGAUGGCCCUGGGCCUCAGCUGCUGCCCUGCCCUGCCCUGCCGUCCAUUUGGACUCGGCUGUGGGUGGAGGUUGCAGGGCCCAGACCCCUCUGUCGCUGGUCCUGGUCGGGCAGCGCGCAGCCCAGCGUGGCUGGGUGAUGGUGGAUGGGAUGAGGACCCCCCUCCAGCUGUGCCCCUCUUCCACCCCAGGGGCCCUUGGAGAUCAUCAGUUCCUUUCUCCCAUUUCCCCACGGGGAGGCUGAGUCCAGACGGGAUGUAACUUGCCUAGGGCCACAGUGUAGUAAGGGUUGAGGCGGCGGGCUUGGUACCCGGUGCUCCGUCUGUCUUCCUCAGGAACCAAUGAGAAUUGUCUUCAGAGGCAUCUCAGAGCGGGGCAGCCGAGGGGACAGGGGACCUCAAGAUGGGUCAGAGGUAGCAGGGGUCCCACUGUCCCUGUGUGCUUGGCUCAGCCCACCUGCUGUGGAGGAAGGGAACAGGGCUGGUGUGAGGCUAAGCUAGAAGCGGGGUGAAGGUACGGCAAGCAGGCUUCGGUCAGAAUGUAGGUGAGCUCUGGAGCCAGCCAACCACAAAAGGGAGUCGGCGCCCGGGCUCUGGAGCAAUCAAGUAGUCAAAGAGCAGUGAGGCUGGGAGGCCCUGGUCCUGGGCUCAGGCGGUAACCUCCUGUCCCCCAGCUUGUCCUGAGCAUUUCAACAUGUGGCCCCUGCUCUCCUUCCUGGAUGGGCACCCCUGAAUCAUGAGUAGGGUGAGGGGUACCCUGGCUGGGGUCAGAGCAAGGGUGCCCACGGGCACACACUGCUGUGUGACUUGGGGGCCCUGCUUUGUCUGUGAGCUGGACUUCUGCCCUAUGUGUGGCUGCAGCCUCUGUAACUGCUCUGCUCCCAUCAGACCCUGUGGUGGGAGCCCAAGGCGAGCACAGCCCUGGACAGCGGGAGAUUGGGUCCUGGCUCUGCUGUUCAGCCGUAGGGUAUGUGGUGGCUUCCUCUUGGGCCUCAGUAUGGCCAUCUGUAAAAUGGACAGCUGACAAAUUAGUGUCAUCCUGCCAAGGGCCCAUCAGUGUAUGUGUAUGUGUGUGUGUGUAUGUGUGCACAUCUGUGUGUAUCUCCAUGUGUGUCCAUAUUUAACAUGUAAAAACCGCCCCAGCUCUGUCCCCACACGUGUUGUACAUUUCACCAGUGCCCCCAUCACAGCAAUAACAUCCCACUGCCGGGGCCCUCGAGCCAGCCUGGGCUUGGCACUGGGGAAGGAGGCCGAGUGGAGCCUGCUGAUGAGGCUCCCAUGCUCCCUUCCCUUCGCGCUCAUCACUGAAGUCUCCUCCCGUCCGUCUGGGUCAGAUCUGGGUUCACUUCCCCUGCGUGCCCUCAAAUCCCCCUCCAACUGCCCUGGGCCCUUUGUAUAAGGUGUCCUAAUACUGUCCUAUUUUUUUUUAAAACAGUGUUUUGUAGAUUUCAGAUGACUAUGCAGAGGCCUGGGGGACCCCUGGCUCUGGGCAGGGCCUGGGGGUCCCACAUUCCAUGGCCCAGGAUUAGGGGGGAGGGGGGAUCAGAAAUCGGUUGUAAAUACUUUGCAUAUUGUCUGAUUAAACACAAACAGACCUCA